GCCGAUCAGCUGUUCUACGUUAAAAGCAACAACAUCAGAAAGAGCCUGACACGAAAUCGCUCAGCUAGCUAACUUUCGCACCAACGUUAGCUAUAUGUGGCAGUCGGCGGUAUGGCGUUAGACAGUGUACGUGUCCAGUUUUAGACUGUGAUGAGGCAGCAUUUCAGUGGACGAGUCAUCGCCCGUCGGACUGGUAGCCUCCGCUAGGUCAGUCGACUGAAACGAAGGUUGUUUGUGUCUUCACAAGUGUCUCUCUUUGUGUCGCCAACGACAGAGAAAGCAUUUAUUACGCUGAGUUUCAGGGCGAAUUAUUUUAGACACUACGACGAGCAUGUCGGGCUACUUUUAAAUAGCAAUUAGCCAAUACAAGAGAUGCAGGGCAGCUAAUGUUAGCUAGCAAACUGUUAGGUGCCAAAACAAAGUAAUUGCUAGUCUGGACAAGUGUUUGAAGUUGUUCCUUUGACGUGCUCUGCUACAGGCUGAAUACCUUCAUUAAUAUAACAAGGGGGACCGUCCCUGACCUGUCAGGCUUGAGAUGAGUGGUCAAGGUCCAGCUGUAGAUAAAGGAAUGAACACAGUCUUGGGAUGUCAGGAGAGCUACGCCUGUGGGGGUUCAGAUGAGGCUGCGUUUGAAUGUGAUGAGUGCGGCAGCUUGCAGUGUGCCCGCUGCGAACUGGAGCUCCAUCGCCAGGAGAGGAUGAGGAAUCACGACCGGGUUCGGAUUGCACCGGGCCACGUUCCUUUCUGUGACUCGUGCAAAGGUGACAGCAGCUGCUCCGUCAACGGUGGACGGCUCAGGGCGGUGGUGCGCUGCCAGGGUUGUAAGAUCAACCUGUGUUUGGACUGCCAGAAACGCACCCACAGCGGAGUCAACAAGAGGAAGCACCCUCUGACACCUUACCCGCCCGCCAGAGCUGCCCAGGAUAACAGCGUGACUGAUGGGGAGUCACAGAUAGAGAUCCUGAAAGCCGAGCUGGAGAAGGUGUGCAGCUUCCUUUUGGUGGACGAGAGGGAGGAGAUGCAGGUGAAGGAUGAGGAGGACUUUGUGAGCAGACUUGGCUGCAGGCCAGAUGAGCUCCUCAAGGUGGUCUCCAUCUUUGGAAACACUGGGGAGGGAAAGUCCCACACCCUGAACCAUACGUUUUUCCUCGGGAGAGAAGUGUUCACGACCUCGCCCACCCAAGAGUCCUGCACUGUGGGGGUGUGGGCAGCUAUGGACCCUGUGCACCGGGUGGUAGUCAUCGACACAGAAGGACUGCUUGGGGCUGGAGCCAAUCAGGGUCAGCGAACCCGACUGCUCCUCAAAGUUCUGGCAAUCUCUGAUGUGGUCAUCUACCGAACCCACGCUGACCGUCUCCAUGACGAUCUCUUCAAGUUCCUUGGUGACGCAUCAGAUGCCUACUUAAAACAUUUCACCCGGGAGCUUAAAGCUACCACCACCCGCUGUGGUCUGGACGUCCCGUUGUCCACGCUGGGCCCCGCGGUUAUCAUCUUCCACGAGACCGUCCACACCAAGCUACUAGGAUCAGACAAACCUACUGAAUCUGCCGAGCGUCUUCUCCAGGAGCGUUUCAGGAAGCUGGGUUUGUUCCCAGAAGCGUUCAGCUCCAUUCAGUAUCGGGGAACUCGGACCUACAACCCUCCCACAGACUUCAGCGGCCUGCUGCGCAGCCUGGAGCAACAGCUGGAUAACAACACCACCCGCUCGCCACGCUCUGCCAGCGUCAUCUACAAGGCUCUGCAGGCUCUGAGCGAGAGCUUCAGUGGGGAUAUUCCAGAUGAGCACAUGACCAGUAACUCAUUCUUCCCAGAUGAGUACUUUACCUGCUGUAGCCUCUGCCUCAGCUGUGGCUCAGGCUGCAAGAGAAGCAUGAAUCACCUGAAGGAAGGACUCGACCACGAAGCCAAACAUCGCUGCCGCUACUCUGCCCAGUACGAUAACCGCAUCUACACUUGCAAGGCCUGCUACGAGGGAGGGAAGGAGGUGAUAGUGGUUCCCAAAACAACGGCCUCGUCUGACUCGCCGUGGUUUGGCUUGGCCAUCUACGCUUGGUCUGGGUAUGUGAUCGAGUGCCCCAACUGUGCAGUGAUCUACAGAAGCAGGCAGUACUGGUAUGGAAACCAGGACCCAGUGGAAACGGUGGUCAGAACAGAGAUCCAGCACAUCUGGCCCGGGUCUGAUGGUUUUUUGAAAGACAACAACAAUGCUGCCCAGAGGUUGCUGGAUGGAGUCAAAUACAUUUCUCAGUCAGUGUCUGAACUCAGCGUCAAGCCUGCCAAAGCAGUGACCUCCUGGCUCACCGACCAGAUUGCUCCCGCCUACUGGAAACCCAACUCCCUUAUCCUGAAAUGCCAUAAAUGUGGGGAAGAGUUCCAGCACAACGACACCAAGCACCACUGUCGUGCCUGUGGAGAGGGCUUCUGUGAUUCCUGCUCCUCAAAAACCCGGCCGGUCCCGGAGAGGGGCUGGGGCCUCGCACCUGUCCGAGUCUGCGACGCAUGCUUCCACAACAGGGGAAUCCCAACAGAGUUGCUGGAUGCUGCCUUGGAGGAGGAGGGAGGCACCCUGAUAGCCAGGAAGGUUGGGGAGGCUGUUCAGAACACUUUAGGAGCUGUAGUUGGUGCCAUCGACAUACCUCUCGGCCUGGUGAAGGACGCUGCUCGCCCGGCCUACUGGGUCCCAGACCAGGACAUCCACUCCUGCAGCGAGUGCCAGCGGGAGUUCUCCCCGCGUCUGUCCAUCCACCACUGUCGCGCCUGCGGCCAGGGCGUCUGUGACGACUGCUCUCAGGAGCGACGCGCCGUGCCCUCCCGCGGCUGGGACCACCCAGUGAGGGUCUGCAACGGCUGCAACCAGAAACCUGGGGAGCUCUAGCAGGACGAGGAGCGGGAGUCGGGGAGGGAACGGUUAAGGACGCCGGCCUCAAUGAAAACUGGAAUUGACAACGUUUUGACUAAAAGGCUUCCGUUCCCUGGCGUUGUUUUAGUGGCAUUUCUUUGCUGCCACGAGACUGUCUGUGGCAGGUUGGACUCUGUUUAUCAUUUUUUAACACUGUCCUCACAUCACUUCAGUCCCCUGAUGCUAUUUCACUUUAAUAUGCCUAUAUUUUACACUGUGAACAAUACCAGUGAGAGUGAAACUUGAAUAUCAAGAAGCGAGGAGAGAAACAACUUGAUGUUUUCAGGAAAGUGAGUAUCGUACAUGCUUGCUUAUAAUUGAGUUCAGGUAAAUUUCCAUGUACCCCUUUGACCCUUUAAUGUUUGUAUUGAUGCACAUAAGCCCCUCCCCCACUCCUUGACAAUCCCUCCCAGUAUUACACACUAGUACACUUAGCACCUUUUGUAGUCUGGGGCUAAAUGUGUAAACAUUUAUUAAUAGAAGUACUGACUCAGCAUCUUACACUGAUAUCCAGGUAAGCACUUUUAUUCUAAGAUUGUCUCUGCAGGAGCCCUGGAUAUAUAGCAUUCAGGGCUGGCUUUAGAGGAAACAGUGGGAAACCUGAAAAAUUCUGCUGCUGCUUUGAAUGGAUGCACAGUAGUUCUCCUCUGCUUCAGCCCUACAAGCUUUAGCUUUCCUGCCACUCUUUGGCUUCAGGAGGAUUCCAACAAUCAGGAGCCAAUGAUGUACUGUAGCACCGAGAUGCAUUCCAACUUAAUUACAUAGUAAUAACUACUUACAUAAUCCCUUGAUCCUCUGUGGUUGUUUGUGCAUUCGAGUGGGGAGAUGAUAAUAGAGCAGCCUUAAUUAUGCUGUCCACGUGGACUGUUAAAAUUUUACAUAGACUAUAUGUGUGGGGAGAAAAAGUUUACUUUCAUAGGGACAUUUUUAAAUGGCCUCGUUUUGUUUUAAAAAAAUGCUUAAAAACUACUAUCGAGGCAAAUCUGAGCGCGGUGGGAUGAAAUGCAGCAGACACUGCUUUUUAUAGAGUGGCUGGCUCACAGUAGCAAUAUGGUACAGAAAAGACUUUGAACCAUCUUUGAGGCUGGCCCCUCAAAACAGGAGAUAAUUAGAGGAGUAAUCCUUUACUCUGUCAACUCUGGCUGUGUAGCUAGUUAGCUAGGAGCACCACGUGAGCAUCGUUUGAAGUUGCCUUUAAUGCAACACGACUGUAACUGACAAGUAUCAGAUGUGAUAAAUGCAAUGUGUGACGCAGUUAGGCUUUCGACUGAACACCCAGGCGUCGUGAGAUCUGACUGCAGUGAUGAGUAACCUGGUAUUUCUUUUCAGUAAUAGGCUGGGAGAGUUGAUUGGGUUAUGAUGUCCACACAUAAACUGAAAUAACACAUUGACCUGAAUCAGUGAGCUAUCUCAUCGCUGUCCCUAUCUCAGAGAGAGACGUUCAAUGAAUACCAAUAUCACAAGGAACAAAUCAAUACCUUUAUGUUCAUGUAUGCUCAUACAGUAUGUAUUAAACAGCAGA